AUGCCCAGGGAGGUUCUUACCAUCCAGGUGGGCCAAUGCGGCAAUCAGAUCGGCUGCCGAUUCUGGGAUUUAGUCUUGCGCGAACAUGCUUUCGUGUCAAAGACAGCGGUCUAUGAUGCAGCUUUGUCUUCUUUCUUUCGAAAUGUGGAUACAAGACAUGCGAACUUGCCGAGCCUUCCCGUUGGAGAUCAGAUACGGACGUUGAAGGCCCGGUGUCUUCUGGUGGAUAUGGAGGAGGGUGUCGUAAACUCGCUCUUGACAGGGCCAUUGGCUGAGCUCUUUGAUGCCCGCCAGCGAAUUACUGAUGUUUCAGGUGCCGGAAACAAUUGGGCGCACGGCUACCAUGUCUACGGGCCAACCUAUCGUGAAAGCAUCGAAGAGAAAGUCAGAAAGGCUGCAGAGCAGUGCGACUCGUUGCAAUGCUUUCUACUGCUGCACUCUCUCGGUGGUGGCACCGGAAGCGGGUUGGGAACCUACAUCUUGGAGGCCCUGGAAGACUACAUGCCCGAGGUAUUCCGUUUCGUGUCCUGCGUUUGUCCAUCCAGAGAUGACGAUGUGGUGACAUCGCCCUACAACACGAUCCUUGCCAUGCGCCCACUCAUUGAAGCCGCUCACUGCGUACUGCCAACAUCGAACGAUGCUCUCGCUGGCAUCUGCAACCAGAUCUCCGCGCGCGAUGCUGGGGAAGAUGCUGCACAGGCCACUCUCAUCGACCUGCCACAAGAUGAGCGGCAAGGCGGUCGCCGCCCUCCGCGACCUGCCAGAACUUCGAGGACAGCUUCUGCACCUCCCCGGAAAAGGGACACGGAGUCGGUCGUGGAAGCAGCGAUGCUUCGCGAAGCUCCAGUGCCACGAUCUGCAGGGGAGAGGCGACCGCGUUCUGCGGGUGCCGAACGGCCCUUCGACAGAAUGAACUCUCUAGUCGCCCACCUGCUGAACAACCUGACGAGUUCGAUGCGAUUCGAGGGAUCUCUCAACCUGGAUUUGAACGAAAUCACCAUGAAUUUGGUGCCUUUUCCGCGAAUGCACUUCUUGCUGGCAUCGAUGAGCCCGCUGUACUUCGGCAAAGACCCUCGGCUGGUUUCGAGAGGCUUCCACCAGAUGUUCUCAGAUGUGGUCACCCAGGGCCAUCAGCUGAUGAAUGUCGAUCCCAGGGGUAGCACAUACAUGGCGCUGGCUUUUUUGGUUCGCGGUUCCGCAUCGAUUGCGGACGUGAAUCGCAACAUCGGUCAGCUCCGGAAAAAGCUGAAGCUCUUGCCAUUUAACGAAGAUGCCUUCAAGAUCGGCCUGUGCAAAGUCGCUCCUCGAGGACUUCCGUACUCGGUGCUUCAUUUGGGAAACACCUGUGCGGCGCACCAGAUGUUCAGUCACACAGUGAAAGACUUUUCACGGCUAUAUUCGCGAAAAGCGCAUGUGCACCACUAUACGAACUUCAUGGAGCGCGAGGAGUUUGACCAGGCCUUUGAAACCGUCAACUCGUUGAUUAAGGAUUACAUCCACUUGGACAUGCUGCAUGAAACUCCGACUUCAUGCUAUCCGGAAGCAGCUGCACACAACUCAGCCUCCAUGCUGCUGGCGCCAUCGUCUUUCGCUUCGGCGACAGGGCAGGGCCCGGCUGGACGCUUUGUUCCACGCCCUCUGAUAUGA